AAAGUGGGCGUUUUUUCCAAUAUUGACAAGUCUGUUCUUGUAUACAUAAAUAUUAAGAUUCUAUUUAUAUGUAGAUUAUGCCCUAUAGUCAGAAGACAGAUAUAAAAGUGGAGGAAACAAGUUAACAGACCAUAAUUAAAUAAGAUAUAAACAGACUGAUAUAAACAACUAGUAACAUAAUAAUGUCUGAGAAACAGAAGUGUAAAUAUUGGGAGAAAUGUUUCCGCAAGGAAAAGAAGCACUUAGAAGCUUUCCUACACCCAAGUGAUGAGAAGAAAGCGGCCCAAAACAAGAAAACAGAUGAUGACAGUGUAAAACCAUCUAUGAGAAAAGAGAAAACACUAUCACUAACAGAUGCAGAUGAGGAAGUUAAACCUAAGGCUCCGUUGAGAAAAAGAAAGACUCAUGAGAUGAGUGUGUAUGAUGAUGAGGCCGAAAAAUCACCAGAACCUCCAACUAAAAAAGCUAAGAAAGAGGAAGCCAUGGAUACAGACGACACUCCUGCUCCAGUUAAGAAGGAAAAAUCUUCAGAACCGGCAGUAAGACGAGUUAAAUGCCAAUACUGGAAUAAAUGUUACAGGAAGGACAAGGGUCAUAAAAAACUUUAUAUUCAUCCAGGAGAUCCAGAUGAAAAACAAGCUGCUAAGGGAAAAGCACCUGCUAAAGGUGGAAAAGCAAAUGCAUCAGAAGGUGUUGCAGGUAGAACAAGGACUUGGGCGCGUCCAAAACCUUUGAACCGAAUGGACAGUGUGGAUUCUGUGGCAGUUGGUGGAUUCAUCCUUAAACGUACAGGAAGCAAUUAUGAAUGCACGUGUUCAAGUUUUACUGGCAUAGAAAACAUUGGAAAACCAAGCAACAUGAAAACUUGCUCUCAUUUAAAGAACUAUCUUGGGGAUGAGUUUGAGAGAGCAAGAUGUGAUUUACCAGAAAAAGGAAAGAAGCCAAAAAUACCUCAACAUAUUCAAGUGAGUGUACUGUUGGCUCACAAGUACAAGGAGGGAGAUACAAAUCCAUUAAAUUGGUGGAUGAGUGAGAAACUUGACGGUGUACGCGCUUACUGGAAUGGAAGAUGUUUUUACUCCAGACUCGGCAACGCCUUUUAUGCACCAUCAUGGUUCACAAAGGAUUUACCAAAAGACAUGCAUUUAGAUGGGGAACUAUUUGGUGGAAGAAAAAAGUUCCAAUCAACAGUCAGUAUUGUUAAAACACCUGAACACCAACACUGGAACAAAAUUGUUUAUCAUGUGUUUGAUGCUCCACAUUUAGAGAAGGAACCUUUUGAAAAAAGAAUGAAAGCAAUAGAAGACUAUUUUGGUUCUGUCAAAAGUGACUAUGCUAAGGUAGUGAAGCACGAAAAAUGCCAGGGUAAUAAUCAUAUAGAAAAGGAACUAAAGAGAAUCAUUGCUCUGGGAGGAGAGGGGCUUAUGAUACGUCAACCAGGCUCAAAAUACGAGAGAACUCGCUCUAAAACACUCCUCAAAGUAAAGAAAUUCCAUGAUGCAGAGGCUGUUGUUAUAGGAUAUGAACCAAGUAAAAGUAAUCCAGGUCUCACAGGUGCAUUAUGGGUAAAAAUGGCCAAUGGAAAGAAAUUCAAAGUUGGAUCAGGGUUAACAAACAAGGAUAGAAGAAGUCCACCUAAGAAAGGGACUAUCAUUACAUACAAGUUUCAGGAAUACUCAAACUCAGGAACACCCAGAUUUCCAUCAUACGUUGGUAUCCGUAUAGACAUGACCGAGCCAAAAGAUGCCGAGGGCGUGGUCACGGAGGGUAAAGAUGACGAGUAAACAUGUGAUUGUCACUUGAUAUGAUCUCAACCAAUGAAAUAAAAGGCAGCUGAUGAUUAACUAUGUUUUGUAUUAUGCUGUAAGGAAAGUUUUCUCAUACUGUCACGUUUGUCUGUCGGUAUGGAUGAUUUGUUACUAACUGAAAUGUUAAGUGAUUGUUGUCAAACGUAAUCACUUUGUUUUUUCAGGUAUUAAGCCAUAACACAUGUUUAAAAGUUGACAGGCAAACUAGUGAAAAAUAUUUUUAGCUUAUGUUAAGCAUAGGUGACUUGAUAGAUGCAACUUGUACAAGCAAAAAUAUCAGUUGUUUUUGAUUGACAGGAUGUGUGUUAUACAUGUAGUUUUAGACUAUAGUUGUUUGUUUGUGAUCAGUGUAUGAACUUGUUAGAUUAUAUCAGUGAUUCAUUCAAGUGUUUUGAAUCAAGAUUAGGUGAUUUAAUUUACUGUGAUAUGAGUAUAUAGCCUUAUAGGUUUAUUGAUAGCAUAUUAUGACUUUGUUUUCAAAUUAUUAAAGACUAUAUUAAGUGUCAUAGCAACCAAAUUUUGAUAUACCUAAAUUUGAGAUUUGUUUACAUGAAUUAUUAUGAAGUAUUUUAUGUUAAGAACUUACCUUUAAGGUAUCUUUGUUGCAUAUUUAUUUAUUUUCAUCUACUUUUUUAAUGUUGACCUUUUUAGCAUCUAUUUGUGAUUAAUAUUUUAUUUAUCUAUUUUAUUUAUCCACUUUAUAAAACAUUUUUUAACUCUUAUUUAUCUUAUUCUGCUUAUCUGUGAUAAAAUCAUAACAAAUAAAAUCAUUACAAAAAGUAUUUUAUGAGUGCCAU